GGGUUUUCUCUCCGUCAAUUUUGUGUGACUUCUUUUUCUUCAAAUUGACGGGGCGUUGACUCCAUGGAUGCUGACGGGAGUACGACAGGGGCAAGAGGGACGCUGCAGCCGCUCGAUCAACAGCGAAGGAACGACGCCAACAAGCGGUGGAUAGAUGGAACAAUGAAUCGAGGAACACAUUGAGGAGGUUUUUCCGGUGAUUGAUUCGGCUCUUUCAGCCGCGUCAGCCAUAACGCGCGUGCAGAUGAAGGUUGCUCAUCAGGAAUCCAACUACCAAGGGAUUUGUGGACGGAUGGAAGCAGAGCCUUGUGCGCUAGAGUUUGGAGUCGUGUCUUGUCCGCCGCGUCAACAAUCAUAGCAAUGGUCUGGCCUCCUUCUGAACCACCGCCAGAGGUUGAAUGAAGUGCUAGGGUUCAAGAAAUUUAUUUUGCUCAUUUAGUUUUCCUCAUGCUCCGUUUUUAUUUGGAUCUUUACUCUGUUUUGGUUGUGCUGUGUUUUUCGAGCAAAAAAACUUUAGAACUUAGGUCAGGAGACGAGGAGUCUGGUCUGCAAGUCAUUGGCUCAGUUAAGUCCAAAGCGGGAUCGGCAAAUUAUUUUUCUUUUACGGAGGUGAUUAAUUCUAAUUUUGGUUCUGAGGCGGAUGACAGACAUAAGAAGUUUUGUCAUUUUGUAACCUGCUUAAGUUCUGUUAAAAAAACGUGUAUUAUUUUAGAUUUAGUUUUUCAAUAUCUAAUUUUAGUUUGGAAAGAAUGAUCCUGAUCUAUUUGGAUGUAAUUAUUUUCCAUACUUUUUGGGUGUAAAAUUGAUAAUAAGUCUCUAUGUAAAGAAACACCACAUUGUAAAUUGUAAUCACAAUCGUAUUACGGUUGAAAAUGAAGCAUCAAAUUAAGUCAGUUGAUUACAUUACGUUCGUUACA